AUGUCACAGGCAGCGUCCACAACGCAGAGUGCAGCUGCUGCACCGGUGGGGGGCGGAAGUCGACGGCUGCCCAGCGAUGGCGUGGGUGGCGUUGGCGUCAUGGGGACCACUAUGUCGGCGCGAUUCGGUGAAACUGAAUGGGAGGCACGAGAGUCGCAACGCCAACGCGAGCUACAUGAGGCGCGUGCCAGGGCGGCGCAGAUGGAGAAGACCAUGAAGUGGUGGUCCGAUUGCACAGCCAACUGGCGCGAGAAAUGGAGUAAGGUGCGCAACGAGCGGAACAAGGCUCGAGAGGAAUCUAAACAGUUGAGCGUUAAACUGGACGUCGCCAUGAAGGAGGCACAUUCGCUGAAGCGCGAGAAGAAUGAUCUCGAGGUGCAGAUCACGCAGCUGAAGAAGGAAAUGGAGAAGGUGCACACGCUGAUGAUGAAGCAUGCGGGCCAGUUUCAUCGCUCGGAUACCAAUGAGGAUGCCGAGGCCAAUGGUCGCGAUGCCAACUGCUCGCCGGACAUCUCUUCGGACGGGCUGAAGAAUAUCAACAGCGAGGAUGGUUUGGUCACGAAAUUGACCAACGAUGUCAAAGAUCUGGACAUUGAGGAGUUUGCCCUGCAGGGAGCCAUGCCCAAGCACUUGACGGAGCUGGAUGAGGCCGCUGCUGACGAGGAGAAGCGUCUCAUACAGCAGUUAUCGAAGGAUGACUUUGACGAGGAUUACUUAUUGCAAAAAAUAUCCAUGCUGCAGCUGCGACUCGAUGAAGCGCAGAAAACAUUGCAGGCCGAAAGGGAUGAGAAGCACGAACUCCACAAGAGCAUUGAGAAGCUGACGCUGGAGAUACAGGAUGUGCGCGGACGCCAUGAGGAGAUGCGUUCAGCCAAGCAGGAUGCAGUGCGCGAGCUCUUGACACUGCAGGAGCAGCAUCGCGCAGAGAUGCGCAUCGUAAACAACUCACUGCAGGAGGAGAUAGCCGCACGCGAGAAUCUAGAGCGACGUCUCACGGAACUGCGCACCGAACUGGAGCAUUUGCAGGCGGAGAAUGCCUCCGAGUGGGGCAAGCGUGAGCGCCUGGAGUCUGAGAAGUUGGCCCUGGAGCGUGACAACAAAAAGCUGCGCGCCGAACUGCGUGACUAUCAGGAGCGUUCGGAUCGCAAGUGUCGCCCCAUGCAGGCCAACGAUGUUGAGUUGCGCGCGCUGCAGCAGGAGCUCUCGGAGCGCAACAAGGAAAUCAGCGAGGUGAAAAUGUCGCAUGCCAAACUGAAGAAACUGCUGGCGGAGACAAACACAGAGCUGAGCCACGCAGUGCGUCGGGCAGAGCAAUACGAGGCAGAGGUUAAGCGUCUACGCCAGCGUGUGGAGGAGUUGAAACGGGAACUAGCGGGUGCCGAAGAUGAACUGGAUUCAGCGGUGAACCAGGUGCGGCGUCUGCAGCGCUCCAACGAUGAACUAGUCGGCCAGACAGAGGGGUUUCAGGUGCAAAUUCAACAUUUACAAAACAGACGAGCCCCCAGUCCGCAGCUGCGCGGCAUGGGUGGUGUUCAGUUGAGGAAUAAAAUAGCCGUAGAGCUGCCCAACGAUUGUCUGCCGAAUAUCAAUGACCUGCGCCAGAUCUUUGAUGAUUCGCAGGCGGGCAUGCGCAGUUCCCACAACGGCAGCGAUGCGGCUGUCCAUCAUGCGGCUUCUGUGAAGCGUUCCAGUCAUACGGAACGCACGCUGCUGCAGCAGCAACAGAGCAGCGCAGCCGCCUCGGCAGCAGCUGCAGCGGCGGCAGCAGCGGCCUUCUACGAUGCCAAACCAACGCAUCUGGAGGAGAACAUUUUCGAGUCAAAGUCGCGGAAUCUGGAGUUUGAGCGGGCCAAGCAAAAGUUCGACAAUCCCCAUGGAUCGCACCAUCACCACCACCAAAGGCAGCGGUCGGGGAACGGGCACGGCCGAUACGGCAGUGCCGGGAGCAGCAGCAAUUGCAGCAGCGCCAAUCGCUCGAAUCUCGUGCUGCCGCUCAAGUGCAUGACCAAUGGGGGGAAUCCUUCGUCGGGGUCCGGCAAGGACGAGAUGAACCGGCAGCUGUACGAGGCGCACGAGAAGGAGCAGGGCUAUGCCAGGAACAGCAUCAAUCUGGAUGGUCUCAAGGUAUCCGACGAUGAGACUCCGUAGCUAUGGUUCGACAAGCUUACUGCUGGACGAUGAGACCGAAGGCAAUAGCGAUUGAGCAUUGAGGAUUGGAGGAUCAUUUCAAUUGAAGAUUUAUGGUAUUAACAGUUAGUAUUAAUUUCACCCAACACCAGGGGUCCCAAGGUACAGCAGUUCAUGAUCAUAGGGGCCCACCAUCAACUUGUUCCUUAGUUGAUGCAUAAGUUUACUUAAGUACUCGGGAAUACCCAUAGAUCGCAGUAGACUAUGUCAUUUAAUAAGCUUUUUAUCUUCAAAAAUAUUCCAUUUAUAGUAAGCAUUAUUAGCUGGCAUUUUAGCUGGCCAUAUCUCGCAUCGCCCCCAUUUCUAUGAGCAUAAUCAUCCCUUGCCUUGCGUAAAAGACACAGACUAAACCGCAUUAACAGACUUAAUACCAGUUAUACGUAUUGAUUGACUCAUAAUACAGGUUCGAUUUUUCUGCAGUGCCAGAAAUCCCAUAGAAAUUUUACAAAAUUUACUCGGAACAAAGUCCCAGUAUGCUGCUGCCUGCUGGUUGCGAAUCGAAAUCAAUUGAAUAUUUAUUACAAUUCUCGAGAUCUGUGUACUCUUUUCUAGUCCCCCAGUUACCUUUUGUUUAUUUUUCCAAAAAGGAUUGCACUCUGAUUCGCAGCAGCAGCAGCAUGUUGGGAAUAUCUCAUAGUGAAUAAAUAUUUGAGAUAAAAUAUUAUAAUGUACGUAUUAUAAUUUAGCAAUAUUAGUAUUCUAGUGUUUUAUUAAUAUCAAUUUAUACAAUUAACCAUAUAACAAAUAUACAUAUAUAACGAGCUACAA